AGAAGCUCGCGCUCGGCUCAGGUACAGCAGCGCAUCACGCACACGCUGAGAGAUAUUUAUAGCAGCUCCCAGGGAAGCUGCAGCGCGCGCGCAGAUAAGGCUCGAGGCAACAAGCUUGAAGGCGGACAAGAAGAAGCGCAAUGAAACCGUUCUCCUCCAUGUUGGUGUUCGGGGCCGCGGUGCUCGCGCUGAGCAGCGCCGCGGCGCCCGGGACGGACGCGGGGAUCUCCUUCGAGUACCAUCGCUACGAGGAGCUGCGGAAGGCGCUGGUGUCCGUGUGGCUGCAGUGUCCCACCAUCACGCGCAUCUACACCAUCGGCGAGAGCUUCGAGGGCCGAGAGCUGCUCGUGCUGGAGAUGUCGGACAACCCGGGAACGCACGAACCUGGUGAACCUGAGUUUAAAUACAUCGCCAACAUGCACGGCAACGAGGCAGUGGGCAGAGAGCUGCUCAUCUACCUGGCUCAGUACCUUUGUAACCAGUAUCAGCAAGGCAACGAGACCAUUAUUGACCUCAUCCAGAACACUCGGAUCCAUCUCAUGCCCUCCAUGAACCCUGAUGGGUUUGAGAAGGCGGCCUCACAGCCUGGUGAGAUCAAAGACUGGUUUGUGGGCCGCACGAACGCUCAGGGCGUGGAUCUGAACCGCAACUUUCCCGAUCUCGAUCGCAUCAUCUACAUUAACGAGAGGGAGGGCGGAGUCAACAACCACCUGCUGCAGAACAUGAAGAAGGCUGUGGAUGAAAACACAAAGUUGGCUCCAGAGACAAAGGCUGUGAUCCGUUGGGUCAUAGACAUCCCCUUCGUCCUCUCUGCUAACCUGCAUGGAGGCGAUGUUGUGGCCAACUAUCCAUACGAUGAAACUCGCAGCGGAUCUAACCAUGAGUACAGCGCCAGCCCCGAUGAUGAGAUGUUCAAGUCCCUGGCUAAAGCUUACUCCAUGUACAACCCUGUCAUGUCUGAUCCUCAUCGACCCACUUGUCGCAAAAACGAUGACGACUCCAGUUUCAAGGAUGGCAUCACUAAUGGUGGCGCAUGGUACAGCGUGCCGGGAGGUAUGCAGGAUUUCAACUAUCUCAGCAGCAACUGUUUUGAGAUCACUUUGGAGCUCAGCUGUGACAAGUUUCCCAAUGAGGACACGCUUAAAACCUACUGGGAGCAGAACCGCAACUCCCUCGUCAGCUACAUCGAGCAGGUUCACCGUGGCGUCAAGGGCUUCGUUCGUGAUCUUCAGGGAAACCCCAUUUCCAACGUCACCAUCUCUGUGGAGGGCAUUGAGCAUGACAUCACCACAGCCAAAGAUGGAGACUAUUGGCGCCUUCUGGCUCCAGGGAAUUACAAAGUGGCAGCCACUGCUCCAGGAUACUUGACCGUCAUUAAGAAGGUGGCUGUUCCCUACAGCCCUGCAACAAGGGUGGACUUUGAGCUGGAGUCUCUGAUGGAGAGGAAGGAGGAGGAGCGGGAGGAGCUGAUGGACUGGUGGAAAAUGAUGUCAGAGACUCUGAACUUCUGAAGCGCUGUUGAUAAUUGUAGCGUCUACACACUGAUGUAAUAUAUUCAUUCUGUGUGUUCGUUCACUAGAAAGAGAAUCUGCUGACUUUUUGGUCUCAUUUCCACCGCUAAUUGAUUUGAUGACAUUGUUUGCCUCAUAACUCCUGUAGAUUGAAUAUCCUGCACAUUUUGGAAGACAAAGGAGGAUUUAGUUUGGUGGCAAUGAGACUGGUGUUUGUUUCUGUGAUAUUUAUUGUAUUUUUUUUGUGACUGGUAACCAUGGCGCUCAUCUAUAUAACCAAUGAAAGGCUGAGUAUUCAUGUAGAAAAGCUCUGUCUGUACAAAUUCUUCUUUUUCUCUUGUUUUAAAUGUCUCCGUUUCUCCAGGCCUUAGUACAAAAACACAACAGUACAAACUUUUUCACUUCUUAUCAACUGUAAACACACAUUCUGAUACGUAUUCAUCAUGUCUCUGUUUCGUGAUAUA